AUGGAGCCGCAGUUAUCCGAAGAACAUGGCGUCCGAAUCGCUGUAGAAGGAUGCGGUCAUGGCACACUUCACGCAAUCUACGCGUCUAUCGAACGAGCAUGUGCCGUGAAAGGAUGGCCCGGAGUAGAUCUUCUCAUCAUCGGCGGUGACUUCCAGUCAGUACGCAAUGCACAUGAUCUACAAUGUGUAUCCAUGCCAGCAAGAUAUCGCGACAUGCACGACUUUCACGAAUACUACUCCGGAACACGCAAAGCACCCUAUCUAACCAUUUUCGUCGGCGGAAACCAUGAAGCAGCAAAUUAUCUCUUUGAACUCUACUAUGGAGGCUGGGUAGCACCAAACAUCUACUACAUGGGCGCAGCAAACGUACUCAAACUCGGUUCACUCAGGAUAGCAGGUAUGAGCGGUAUCUGGAAGGGCUUUGAUUACAAGAAACAGCAUCAUGAGAGACUUCCCUACAAUGAGGGUGAUGUGAAGAGUAUCUAUCACGUCAGAGAAUUGGAUGUGAGAAAAUUGCUGCAGAUACGCACGCAGGUUGAUGUGGGUAUUUCUCAUGAUUGGCCUAGAGGGGUUGAGUGGAAGGGUGAUUGGAAGAAGCUGUUUAGGCAAAAGGCGCAUCUUGAGGAAGACGCUAGGAAUGGGCAGUUGGGGAGUGUGGCUGCGACGUAUGUGAUGGAUAGACUGAGACCGCCGUACUGGUUCAGUGCUCAUUUGCAUUGCAAGUAUGCUGCUGUGGUCGAUCAUGAGAAGACUGGAGAAGCAUCUGGACCAGAGGCUUCUGCCAGCGGCAAUGGAGCCGCUGUGGAAGAGGUGCCCAAGAAGAACUCGGACGAGAUUGACCUAGAUAUGGAUGAGGAUGAGCCGUCCGCUCAGAUACAACCGGCAAAGAAUACGGACGAGAUUGACCUCGACAUGGACGACGACGAGCCAGCACCAACACCAGCACCAAAGGCCAGCGAGACCCAUACAAUUCUACCUGCCAACAUAGACGAGAUUGAUCUCGAACUCGAGGACGACGCCGACCCAUCAACCGCACCCGUAGCUCCAGGACAAGGACUGGACGGAGCACGAGUCCCCAUCACACCUUCAGCGUCCGAAGAUACCACAAACCCCCCAUCCGCAGUCCCAGAAGACCUCCGCGCCCAACUCCCAGCUUCCUUCGCAAAACCUCCUCGGCGCCCCGAGUCAACUAACCAACUAAUCUCACAUCCCCCCAGCAUCACAAACACAAAGACCAACUUCCUAGCUCUGGACAAAUGCCUCCCAAACCGCAAUUUCUUGCAAGUGCUCUCUAUGCCGGCAAUCUCUGACCCUAACGCUUCUUUCGACCGCCCUCUGCAGCUAGAGUACGACAGAGAAUGGCUAGCCAUCACCCGCGUCUUUGCCUCCGAGUUGAGCGUCGGCGGCAACCCUAAUGCCCGAGCACCACCUGAUCUCGGUGAAGCUCACUAUGCGCCUCUGAUCGACGCAUCACAAACCUGGAUCGAGGAAAACGUCAAAGACAUGACUGUACCUGAGAACUUUGAAAUCACAGCACCGGUAUUUGAUGCUGCGGCUGGCAUUCAUGUCCAAGGACAACCGAGAGAGUACACGAAUACUCAAACUAGCAGGUUCUGUGAAAUGCUUGGUAUUGCCAAUCCUUUUGAUAUCUCAGAGCAAGAGAGAGAGGAAAGGAUGCAGGCAGGCCCGAGACCCGAUGAGCAGAGACGGGAUAGUGGCGGGUACAAGGGCAAUCGUGGGGGUGGUAGGGGAGGGGGUAGAGGUGGUCGGGGUAGAGGUGGAAAUGGAGGAGGGCGCGGAAGGGGGAGAGGAAGGGGUGGACCUAGGUAUUGA